AGGUUUUCAGUAGAGACGCCGAAUAGAACAAGUCACCAUUGUUUUUUACAGCACCACUUGGCGCUUUGUUAAUAAACUAAGCCGGCCCCUCACACAUACACACACACCCUUUCCAAGUUUCUCUCAUAUUACCCCUUUCCUUAAAAUUUAAAAGCACACAGCCAUUCAGCCACAUAUCCUUUCAUGGCUUUCCCUUUCUCUUCAAAACCCUAAACUCAGAAUUGAGAAACAAGACUGUUUUACACACACCAAAAACACUCCCCCUCUUCUCCUUUUUAUUUUCUUUCUCUAUUCCUGGGUUCCGAGUUUCUGGCUUCCAAUUCUGCAGCCUCAGCACGUUUGAGAAGUUUCAUUCUGUUGUAUCCUAAUGAAGUUGCAUGAGAUAGUUUCAAAACACGUCUCGAAAAGCAAUUGUUUGUGAUCUCCAGUGUCAUUUCCAACGGUACAUAGUAAUAACUCAACUAUAGCAUGGACAGGCUGAUAAAAGUAGACCCAACAAACACGGUCCCUAUAAGAAUCGAGCCAGGCCAAAAAUGCCACGGCCAAAUAACCCUACGCAACGUGAUGUACACCAUGCCCGUGGCUUUCAGGCUUCAAUCGUUGAUCAAAACGCGUUACACGUUGAAGCCACAAUCUGGUAUCAUAUCUCCCUUAUCCACAGUAACCAUAGAAAUCCUCUACAAUCUUCCACUGGGCUCCACCCUCCCACACUCUUUUCCACACUCCGAAGACUCUUUCCUCCUCCACAGCGUCGUUGUUCCCGGUGCCACCGUGAAAGAACCCUCCUCCAUGUUCGAAUCUGUACCCUCUGAUUGGUUCACCGCGAAGAAGAAACAAGUGUUCAUCGACAGCGGCAUCAAGAUCAUCUUCGUGGGCUCGUUGAUCCUUGCCCAGUUAGUCCACAACGGGUCCAUCGAUGAAAUCAGAGAAGUGCUGGAACACAGUGAACACACGUGGAAAGCCGUUGACUCCGUUGACCAAAACGGAGACACGCUCCUCCACGUGGCGAUCUCCAAAAGCAGACCCGACAUAGUGCAGCUCCUCCUGGAGUUCAACGCCGACGUGGAAUCAAAAAACCGCUCCGGCGAGACUCCGCUGGAAUCAGCGUGUGCCUCCGGAGAAGAACUAAUCGUUGAGCUUCUCUUAGCUCACAAGGCAAACACAGAGAGAACGGAAUCUUCAUCUUUAGGAGCGAUUCAUUUAUCAGCAAGAGAAGGACGCAGGGAGGUUUUACGGUUACUGUUGCUGAAAGGGGCUAGCGUUGACUCGUUGACUAAAGACGGUUACACCGCGUUGCACCUUGCGGUCAGAGAAGGUUCAAGAGACUGCGCGAGGCUGUUACUAGCGAACAACGCGAGAACUGAUAUUAGAGAUUCACGAGACGGAGACACGUGUCUGCACGUGGCGGCAGGGGUGGGAGACGAGAGCAUGGUGAAGCUGUUGUUGAACAAGGGUGCUAACAAGGACGUGAGGAACUUUAACGGUAAGACUGCGUAUGAUGUUGCGGCGGAGAAGGGGCACGCGCGCGUGUUCGACGCGCUGCGGCUGGGGGAUGGGUUGUGCGUGGCGGCGAGGAAGGGGGAGGUGAGGAGCAUCCAGAGGCUGAUAGAGGGGGGAGCGGUGGUGGACGGGAGGGACCAGCACGGGUGGACGGCGUUGCACAGGGCGUGUUUUAAGGGGCGCGUGGAGGCGGUGAGGGCGUUGCUGGAGAGAGGGAUUGAUGUGGAGGCGAGGGAUGAGGAUGGGUAUACGGCGCUGCAUUGCGCGGUGGAGGCGGGGCAUGCUGACGUGGCGGAGGUGCUGGUGAAGAGGGGUGUGGAUGUGGAGGCCAGGACGAAUAAGGGUGUGACGGCUUUGCAGAUCGCGGAGGCGUUGGGGUAUGGUGGGAUUGCGAGGCUGCUUGGUGCUGCUGCGGGACACGUGGCGGAAGGAGAACAACAAUCUGUGCUUGGGGAGAUGAAGAAGGAAAAGAAAAACAAGCUUGGAAGAAGAAGAAGGGAGAGGGAGAUUCGGGGGAGCUUUGACCGGUCAAUGCCUUUGCCUGUCCUCUAGCUAGGUGCUCAAAUUUGCUCUGGUUUGGUGGGGGAUAAUUUGUAGAUUUUAUCAAACAUGUUACUUUUGCUUAAUUUUCAGUUUUCACUACUUGUUAUUAUUAUUGUAAUAAUCUUCUACUGAGUAUAUGAACAUUAUUAUUCAAUGCGA